UUAUUUGAUAAAGACAUACUGGUAGGAGCAAGCAAUAUGCACACAAAAAUGCUGGUAUAUUUGCUGUUCUUCUUGUUUGAAAUCUCUGCAGGCACAACGGAGUUUCCAUGCAAAUUUCCCUGUGAAUGGCGCAACAAAACAUUUAAUAUCUACGAAGCAGGAAAACCCACUUACACAUGGAAAUUUAGUAGUGAUGGUGAAACAAGUAUUGUUUCUAACUCUGUCCAACUACAGUGUCAUCAAAUAACAGAACGCUUUCUUAUUGUUAGGGCAAACCAGGGAAACCAAUUUAUUUGUUACGCUAUUUUUUAUGACACUGGGAGCCCUGUGAAGUUUCAAUUUUCAACACACAAUUCACGAGGCUUCGCAAACCAGACAGGAGAAUUUACUGAUUUAUGUGGAGUUUGUGACAUAAAUGGAUUUAAUGGAGAACCUUCUGUAACAGUUUACGAAGCUGUAGAAUCCGGAACACCUGCAACAUCACCUCCCGUCAAUUCUGUUCCUUGCAACAUACCAUCAACAUGUACAUCUGGUAUUCCUUGUGAUACGAGUGAUGUCAUUCCAAAGGACUGCAUGGACACAACGACUGAAAGCCCAACUUCCACAACCGAAGAAACAGCAACCAUAACUGAGGCAACUACUACCACAACAGCACCAACAAAACCUAAGCGUCACUGUAGAAAGAAACAGAAACAUAGCAAAUGAACAAUGUAACAUUAUACAUGUUAUAAUAUUAAAAUAA